UGCAUUGUUGCUCAAUCAGUGACGUGGACUUUCAUUGAGAGGCAGUUUGUGCGGACACUAACAGCGUUUCUGAGAUUCUUCUGUCAAGGUUUCCUCAGAUAUAUCAGUCAGGCCUUCAGUGCUAACCUUUCGACAGACCUACGUAAAGAGCGGCUUUGUUAAACGUUCCGUAUCAGGCUUCAGGAUGAGCAAAUCUAGCAAAGCGUUGAAUCUGAAGGAUAAACUGAGUGGAAAUGAAAUGGACUUGAGCCUGUGUAACCUCUCUGAGGUUCCGGUCAAAGAGCUUGCCCAGCUUCCUAAAGCAACAGUGAUGGAUUUGUCCUGCAAUAACAUCAUCUGCCUUUCUCCAGAAUUCUGCUCGUUGACCCACCUGGUGAAACUAGAUCUAAGCAAAAACCAGCUAACCUGUCUGCCAGAUGAGUUUGGGAACCUGGUCAACCUUCAGCACCUGGACCUGUUCAACAACAAGCUGAUGACCCUGCCCGUCAGUUUUUCUCAGCUCAGGAGUCUAAAGUGGUUGGAUCUAAAGGAUAACCCUCUGGAGCCCACUUUGGCAAAGGCAGCAGGAGACUGUCUGGAUGAGAAGCAGUGCAAACUGUGUGCCUCCAAGGUUCUGCAGCACAUGAGAGAAAUUCAGGAGGAGGUGGACCACGCCAGAGAGAAGCGCCUUUUAAGAGAAAAAGAGCUGGAAAAGAAAAAAGAGGCAAAGCAGAGGGAACGGGAAGCCAGAGAGAGGGAGGCUCGCAAGCGGGAAAAAGCCGAGGAGAAAGAAAGGAGACGGCAGGAGUACCAGGCUCAGAUGGCGGCUGUGGCGGCAAAGGAGCAACAGAAGAAGAAGAAUGAGGAGAAAAAGAAAAGAAAUGGACAGGCAGCAGCAGACAAAAAGGCGGCUGUGGAACCUGCGUCUAAACCACGGCGAUCUCUUAUCGGACUGAUGUUCAAGCUUCUCCUCCUUCUGAUGCUGGGUUUGGCCGGGGCUGUUGCCGCCUGCCGGCUGACCGACUUGCAGAAGGAACCGGCCUGCGUGCCAAUCAAUGUUGCCGUGGACGACGGCUUGGCCUGGGCCAAAGUGCAGGGAGGUGUCGUUCGACAGCUGGCGCAGAAUCUGUCUUCUGCUGCAAAGGAGCUCCUAGAGUCCACAUCCAAAAGCUAAAUGCUCUCAUGCCGGCUCGCUGUCAGAGGGGCAGGAUUUUCAUCCUAUCCUGUGAACGACUGAAAUUUUCCUCCGGAACAUCAGGAAAUCACCUGGAGAGCGUCUGUCGUUGGUACUGGCAAAUUGUCUGCACAAAUAGACGUUUGUUGAGGGGGAGAUGUGUUGAAACCGUCCUAAAUUCCUAUGGAAUUGUCAUUCUUGUACCCUCUUUGUACUACAGUCUUUUUUUUCCUUAUUUAAUCAUCUUUUAUGUCUCCCGCUAAAGCUGCAGGAAACAUAGCAGAGCCGUUCAGUGAAACCUCAAACAGCCCUGUUUGUGCUGCGCUAGACUCUUAAAGCCUGUUCACUGUCCGAUGAGCAUCUACAGAGGCUAGAUGUGGCAGUCUGAGCAUGUGCAGUGGAGCACCUAUAUAUUCUCAGGAGUCAAACUUUAAGUCUCAACUAAUGUAAAACGAGAGGCUCACCAUUGUUCCAAAGAUUGUCACAAGACUGAUGACAUAAGCCCAAACUUCCUAACACUGUUCCUCUCUCAUGAUCUUUUGAGUCAAAUCUUAAAAAAUACAACAUUUUGUUAGAUUAAUGUUUUAACUGGUUAAAUAAUUCGUGAAAAUUCAAGUGAUUCAGGUUUAAACCCAAAGAUUUGAGUUUAACAAAAAUGAAAAAACUCAAUUUGAAAAAGCUAAAAUGAGCUUUUAGUUUGUGGAUUAGUGAAAAACUAAUCAUAUUUUCUUCAUUAUUCUGAUAGGAUAUGUUUAAGAAAUAAAGUAAUGUUAUAAAAACAUGGUUUAAAAGCUGGUCAGAUAACAUGUACCUUAGUCUGCUUGUAAAGAUCAAAUUGCAUUUUCCUGCUUUUGAUUGUCACCAAGUUUUAUUUAUUUCUUAACUAUCUUGAGGAGUGAGACUUAAAUAUGAAAAUCUGCGUUUAAACUGCUUCACCAAUAAAGAAGCUUCAUGUCUGAAGUGAG